UCCACCAAUGACAAUAUAGAUUCCAGCCACCUUCCGCCCCCGUUUCUGAGCGUCGGGCGGUCGCGAGCGGUGGCGGUUGGCGUUUGAAACAGCGGAAGUGGCUCGCUUCCCACCGCUAACCUUCCCUCACAUACUCCUUCCCAACCCCCUCCUGUAGGAUGGAGACAGAGGAGAUGGCUGCCCCUGACUCCCCCACCGAGGAGCCUUGGAGUGUCAGCUGCAGCGACGAGGAGGUGGAGAGCACAGACCCGUGGACCCCGAGCCCCCAGGAGAUCAUGCGUCUGUAUCAAGCCCUGUCGGAGCAGGGUACCCUGGAGCUCAGCUGCCGUCCACUCCCUCGCCGCCCUCCCACCCCCGAGGCCGGACCUACCCAGGAAGAGGAGCCCGAGGAGCCCUUGGCCAUCGAAGAGGAGGAUGAGAAGCCCCCUGCACCUACGGAGUUUGACUUUGAUGAUGAACCUGCACCAGCCAAAUCCUUCCUGGGCAUCCGGAGAUCUCCAGGGAGCUCAAGCCGCACCCAGCGACGUGAAGCACGGCUGGACAAAGUUCUGUCUGACAUGAAGAGGCACAAACGUAUCGAGGAGCAAAUGCUCAGGACGGGCAGAGACGUAUUUCAGCUGGAGACUGAGCAGGAGGCAGUUCCUACCCGCUCCCGCGGUAUCUUCCAAUGUCGUAACUACUGAUAUUCCCAAGGACCAUGAGAAAUGAAGAAGAGUGGGGUAUCCAGAGGAGGCACCUCAUAUUGAGCAGAAGGAAGGCCGCGGAACACGCGAGGCUCUGAUUCCUGCCACUCUAGAAAAAGUUUCUCUGACCUCUCCUUAUAGCUCCAGGUGGCGUGUACCUCUUCGACACCCUCUCUUCUACAUCCUUCUUGUAAUGGAGUGACUAGAACAAUACUCCAGAUGUGGCAUAACCAGGGUGUAGAAAACUGAAACAUAACUUCCCAACUCUUGAACACAGUGCCUCAAUAAAUAAAGGUAAACAUGCUAGAGGGCUUCUUUGCCACCCUGUCAACCUAUGCAGACACCUGCAGGACAGGAAGCCAUGGACUUGGACCCCAAGAUCCCUCAGAGCCAGGUUUCUUAUCCCAUGUGAAAUGGGUUUUGUGGCAGAAGUACUGUGCAAAUAUAAAACUUAUAUCAAUUACCAAGUCUUAUUGGUGGAUUAUUCAGAAAACCAAUUAACAUCAACACUGUCAAGGGUCCUGCCAUUAACUGUGCCCUGUUCCUUUACAUUUGACCUCCUAAAGUGUAACACCUCACAGUUGUCUGGGUUAAACUCCCAUAUCUCUCCCUGUAUCUGCAACUGAUGUAUAUUCUGCUGAAACUUUGACAUUAUUUUUAAUUUCAUCAAUAUGUAUCACAUGCAAACGUAGUAAAGAUUAAAUCUGAGCUUUGUCACAAGUAUGAAA